UCUGGAGAAAAAACUUCCAGUUGAUACAGUUGAUGCUGAGUUGACAAUCUUUGGCCGAUUGAGAAUCGGGUCGUUCCGGAGCGGUGAUCCAAUUGGGAUCGAUUGAUUAUUAAUUAUUCCAUAUUCUCGAUUAAAACUGAGGUAUUUUGAAAUAUAUCGUAAUAAAAUUAACUAAAAACUUUGCUAAAAAAAUUUUGCCGGCUUAGAGACGAUUUUUAGCCGCUGUCGAAAUGCAUAUAGUCAGACGCCGUUACAUUUUAGGCGAAAUUACGGAGAAAUGUAAAAAUAGCAAAAAAAAUUUUUGGUAGAAAAAGGCGAAAAAAAGUUGCAAACUGUCGGCGUCUUUUUUAUUACAAUUUGUUUGUAAAUUUAAACAAAAAUUUAAGAAAAAUGCAUAAUAAAUACUUAUAAAUAAAUGUAAAUAUUAAAAAAGAAACUAAAGACAUAAAUUUUGGCAAUAAAUGUAUGUGCUAAAAAAUAUUUCCCAAUUUGUGCAAAUGAAUUGUUAUUAAACAUUUUCGUUUCAUUAUAAUAAAAAAGGAUUGUGUUUACCUUUGAGUGGUUUCCAGGCCAUUUGUACAUCAGAGCCAAAUUUUGGUAGAAAACUAAGAAGAAAAAAACGCGUAGAAGAGGAGUAAUAAGCAAAAAUAUUAAACGAUUUCCAAUUCCCUAGUAAAAACACAAAUAUUUGUGUAAUAGCUAACAAAAAAUGGGUGAUUUAUUUGAUCAACUUAAAUCCGAAGGUCCUCUAAAGAAAACAAGCAACACCUCGUCUCCCGCUAAAACUGCUGCAACACCUACAAAAAGUAAAUAUGAUAAAACGGUGGAAGAUUUUAAUGAAAAACAUCUAUCGAAAACGGGCAGCUUUAGACGUGAAUCCCUGCCUUCGCCGCUGACGGUCAGUAGUGUUUUGAAAAAAUCCAAAAGCCAAAAGGCUCGCAGUUUAUCUCCUCCUAAAUAUGGCGCCAAUAAUGUUAUAAAAUCCUUAAAAGUUAAAUUGGAACGUAAGAAAUUAGAGGAAUUUCUCACAAGACCUCUAGAAGAACAUGCCAAUAAUAUACGCAUUAAACAGGAGAAAAUAAAAGAUUCACAUAAACACCUAAAACUAACACCGACGAAAGCACAACAGAAACUCUUUGAACCUUUGUCGCAAGUGGGUCAAAAACUAACGAAAAAACAAAUGUUAAAGGAAUUCAAUAUAAAACCCUGUAAAGUAAGAAUACAUAGAGAUAAUUUAAAAAGGCUAGCAAAAGAAUUCAAAAAGAAAGCGGCUGCCAGAAAAGAUAAUAAAAUAAAAGCAGAGAAAAGAACGGCCUCAGAUGGCUACUCUGGUUCACCGCCUCCCAAAAAGCUUAAAGGCAACAACAUGGAUGCUAAGCAUAAUAAAAUUAAAAACAAUUUCUUUAUCAAACUCAACACUUCACCCUCUAUUAAAACGGAAAAGAAAUUUAAACAUUUCUCGAGGAACUCUUCCUCCUCCUCCACCUCCUCUUCGUCUUCGUCAUCAUCGGUGGCUCAACAUAAUAAAAUCAAAAAUUCUAAAUUUAACACCAUAACCACGCCCACAAAAUUUUCACGCUCCCAUUUAAUAACCUCCUUUGGCAAACGUUUCUUUAACGUACAGGUCAAAAUAGAACGUUGUACCCAUCCUUUGAUGCUAACCUUUGAGUCGAACGAUCGUGCUAGGCGCCUGCAGGCUAAACGCAACAAUAAAUCAAAAAAUCUCUCUGUAUCAUUUCGUGAACAAGUCGAAAUCUUUGGUGGUAGCUCCGAUUCUGAUGAUAGUUGUGAUGAGGAUUUCUGUGCUGUACCCAAUCGUAGUAAUCGUAAAAAUAAUUCCAGCCAUUCGAUUCCCCUACCCGUAACGCCUGUUGUUAUGCCGGCUCGUUUGAAAAAAGUCGAAAAUGGUAAAGUGGUCGAUGACAUAGAAUUGGAUCCUUCAUUGUUUGUAGAUCCCAAAAUAUUGGUUGCUAGUACACCAUUUUCACCGGGACGCAAGAAACGUGAUCAUAAAUCAUUUAGUCCUUUAAAGGAUGAAAGUUCACCCAGCCCUCGUAAGGAACAGCUAAAGUUGGCAAAUGAAAGAAUACCACCAAGUGGUCUAAGACGUUUGAAUAUCGACGAGGAGGAUGAUGAAGAUGAUGAUUGUGAAUAUAUUGUACCUAUCGAAAUGCCGCAACGGCGUGCAUCCCGCACCAGUUCCAAUGACGAUUUAGCUGGUCUUUUCGAUGACGAUGUCAAUACAAAUGAUAAUAUUGAUUUUACCACAAAUAUUGCAAACAAUUUCGACAAACAAAGCACCCCAGCAGUACCCUCACUUGCAGCCGUACUAAAUCUGGAAAAUGGUUCCGAUGAUAGUUUUCAAUCUGCUAAAGAUAUGGCGGAACCGAAUAAUGCAACGAACAAUGUCGCAGACAAUCAAUUAUCUACAUUACAACUAUCCUCAGCGUUAAAUUUCGGUUCGGAUACAAAUAAAGACAACAACAAUGAUUUUGGACAAUUGCAACAGACAACAAAUGGCAAUGAAAGCAGCAAACAUAUGAAUACCAUAAACACCAUGGAUGACAUUUCAAUGAAUUUAUUUUUAGAAGAUUCUCAAACUAAUGAGGAUGAUACACAUGCAAAAUCUUUUGUUGAUAGUUUAAUUAAUGAAACUAUUGAUAAAUUAUCGAAAGAUAUCGAUGAAGCUGGAACGGAUUAACAAUAUGAUAAGACACCAUUGUACUUUGGUUAUUAACUAACUAAAUACAUUAUGAUAAGUGUAUUUUGAAAAGAAAGAAACAAAAUAUUGCGCAAUUUUAGGUUUAUUUUAAUAUAUGUAUUGUUAAAUUUCUCUCCCCGAGCGCACACAUUCAAUACAUGAAUACUAAAACUUCCCUACCAUCAUCAACAUUAUUAAGCAUUCUUAAGCGCUGUUUUCUAAUUCUUAUUAUUUUGUUUUAAACAAAAUCUUAACAAAUUUUUUAAUUAUAAUUUGUUUUUUUAUUAUUAAUAAUAAUAAUCUUUAUAUAGUUUUUACAUAAUUGGAAUCAUGUAAAAAAAAAUGUUUAUUUUUUAUAUCUAUCUCUCUCUCUUUAAAUACCUUGAAUUAACUACAUAUUUAAGUAUGUAAUUGUAAUUUUACACACACACCCCCACAAACAUAUAUUUUUCAAUAGCAUUACAAUACACAACAACAACAACAAUAAAUCUUAAUACAUUUAAACAAUAAUUAUGUUUGAAAUACAAAUAUCUUAUAAUUCAUAGAAGUAAUUUGCAAUAGAAAUUUUGUUUUCUAUAUGAAAAUUUUCUUUGGUUCUAAUAAAGUCUAAAAUAUUGUAAGUUAAA